AUGGCAGCUUGUACUUUUGUUGAAGAAUUGGCCGACAGAGAUGAUGAUUCUGAACAAAAAACAAAAGAAGCAGCAUCACAGACAGAACAACAAACAAUCCCCCGUACAUGUAAAGAUGAAUCAGUUCAAACUGAACAUCCAACAAUGAAAGUUGCUUGUGUUCAAACUGAACCUAUGGAACGAUAUACUCAACUAGUAUACGACAAUUUACUCUUAAAAUCCCAAUUAAAAAAUUUAAAAGAAGAAAAUGUAAUUCAAUCAAAAAAGAAGAAGCAGUGUAAAGAAGCAGCAUCAAGGCCAAGAAAAUUACUCGAAGAUUUAGCAAAUAAGCAAAAAAUUAGAAGAGCUGAUGAAAUUGCAAAAUUUAUCAAAAACAGGAGUCCUAGUUAG